GGAUUCUCCUCACCAACCCCCUCCUGCUGCUGUCUCUGGUUUGUGGCGAGUGUACAGCAAGAGCACAGCCCAGAAAUGGUGUAGGAGAGCAGGAGAGGAGGAAGAAAUCAAACCGAGGGAGGGACAGACCAGGCCUAAGACUUAAGCUAAAGCUUGCAUAGACUGUGCCAGCGGGGCAGUCGUGGGUCAAAGCUGAGGCGUCAGGGUGGCACCAUGGAGGGCGAGCAGGGUCCUCCUGCUUCUAGUGCUAGCAUGGCAAGCACCGCCAACUCCUCCACUAACACUACAACUUCUACAGCCAGCACCAGCAGCACACCUAACACCACCAACACAUCAGCUGUCCCCAGCAGCAGCAGUGCCAGCUCAAGCAGCAGCACUAGCAGCAGCAGACAAACUGUUUCCCAGAUAUCGGUAUACAGUGGGAUACCCGACCGACAAACUGUACAGGUGAUUCAGCAGGCCUUGCACAGGCAGCCGAGCACAGCAGCACAGUACCUGCAACAGAUGUAUGCAGCUCAGCAGCAGCAUCUAAUGCUUCAGACAGCAGCACUGCAGCAGCAGCACCUCAGCACAGCUCAGCUCCAGAGUCUGGCAGCCGUGCAGCAGGCCAGUAUAGCUGCUGGUAGGCAGAGCUCUACCCAGAAUGGCACCUCAUCCACCCAGAGUGGAUCCUCACAAACUACAAUUAAUUUAACAACGUCUCCUGCCACGGCUCAGUUAAUAAGCCGUGCCCAGAGUGUAAACUCCUCCCCUUCCGCAAUCUCUCAGCAGGCAGUGUUGCUAGGGAACGCCUCAAGCCCUACCCUCACAGCCACCCAGGCGCAGAUGUACCUGCGUGCCCAGAUGGCUCAGCAAAGUAACCUGGUGCAUGUAGCUAGGAGUCUUGGCCGAGCUGUUCCUCUCUCCUCCCAGCUUAUCCUCGCUCCCACCGCUACUGUGACCGCUCUCCAGUCUGACACCAGUGCAACCAGUAACGCUCAGUCUGCGACAGCACAGGUACAGAAUCUUGCCCUUCGCAGUCAUCAGGGGGCGACAACCUCCUCUCAGUCCACCGGUCUGCAGGCUCUGAGCCUUAAGCAGACUCCUGUCUCCAUCCAUCCCACUCCACUCAUCAAGACCCCGAGCCAGAGUGCCUCCAACUCAGGGACCAUCACAGGGAAGGGUGGACUCCCCGUGGUCACCACAGAUGGAGGGAAGAAAGCAGAGAGCGGAGAGACUGAGGCCAAGGCGGUGAAUAUGAGCCGCAGUGUGACAUCUUCUCAGCCCCUUAUCGCACCAACAUACGCCCAGAUUCAGCCCCAAGCCCUGAUCAAGCAGCAACCACAACAGUUUGUCAUUCAACACCAAGCUCCACCCACACCUCGAUUGCAGACCCAAUUACUGCAGACUGCCUCAAUCCAGCCCCACCCACAGACUGCCUCGCUUGGCCUCCAGAGCUCCUCAGCUGGAGGACCUGUCCCCGUCCUGCCUAAACCACCAGCCCUCAGCCAGGGAUCAUCCCCGAGCCAACAAGCUACCAUCUUCCAUUCCACAGUGAGCCAACACUCCGGCCUGAGCCAGUCUAGAGCUCAGCCUGUCCAGCUUACCGCCAUCAACCUGCAGAUCCAGCCUGCACAUAGCCAGGCUUCCAGACUUGCUCAGGACAGUAAGGAUAAGCCCACAUCUCUGGUAAUAAGAGAGAUUUGCCAGCCUCUUGGUGCUCAGAUACCCACAUCUGCCCCAUCACAGGACACCAAUCCUCCAGAGCCACCUAAAGCUGACACUGGGACUGCCACAGGCCAAACUCAAGGUGCAGUGGAGACCCCAAGCACUGCCGCAAUGACCCCCCGAGGAGAAAGUGAGCUGGCUAACGGUGAAAACAAACCGCCUCAGGCCAUCGUGAAGCCCCACGUGCUCACACAUGUGAUCGAAGGCUUUGUCAUCCAGGAAGGAGCUGAACCAUUUCCAAUGUGUUUGCAGGUGGAGAGGCCUCCAGUUCAGACAGACAGCCUGAAGAAAGCAGAGAAACCACUGCCUUCAGACUCACAGAAAACUCCACUGAACAACGCUCCCACCACCACUGACUCUGAGCCUGAGGAACCCUCACAACAAGAUUCAGCAGUGAGAGAUGAGGAGGAGCCAGAAGAGCCCAAGUUGACGUGCGAGUUGUGUGGCUGGGUCGAUUUUGCCUAUAAGUUUAAAGGCUCCAAGCGAUUCUGCUCUGUGGUCUGUGCUAAAAGGUACAAUGUUGGGUGCACAAAACGCAUUGGUCUCUUCCACCCUGACCGUUCCAAAACCGCCAAUCGGUGGAGACGACGGUCACACAGUCGAGGUUGCAGAAGUACAGAGACAAAGAAACAGAGGCUCUCCGUGUGCCAGCAGUCUCAGGGCGAGUCCGUGUCCUCUCCGCUCCCCUCUCAACCCAGUCAAGGCGAGUCCAGUCCCUGCUCAGACAUCUCCAGUUAUGAGGAGCCAGCAUCUCCUCUAUCUGCUGCCAGCUCCAGCCCUGUGGGGCCACCCCGAGGGCCCUCCACCUCCGAUCCGGAAGAUGUUCCUACACUCAGCGAGCACUUCCUGCCGUGUGACCCUACCAAGUGGAAUGUGCAGGAGGUGUUUGAGUUCAUCCGCUCUCUGCCAGGUUGUCAGGAAAUUGCGGAUGAAUUCCGUUCUCAAGAGAUUGAUGGACAGGCCAUGCUGCUACUGAAGGAAGACCACUUAAUGAGCGCUAUGAACAUCAAACUAGGUCCAGCGCUCAAGAUCUUCGCCCGCAUUAACAUGCUCAAAGACUCCUAGCCUCAGAAGGCGGAGUGAGAGAGUGUGUGUGGGUGUGCAAAAGUUUUAUGCAUUUCUCAAUGGUCAUCUAAAGGUGACCUCACAAAUACAAAUGCACUAUAAUGGUUUUUUUUUUAAAAGAACUGUACGUCCAGAAGGUCAAUAAAUGGAAGGAAACAAAGACAAAGUAUCUAUGAAGAAUGGCACAAAUACUAAUGUCCGCUCACAAAGUACACAGUACCUUUGAGAAUGCUGAAGAGCAGUACAUCUGCACAUGAUGUUUAAAGACACUCUUGAUACAGGGCUAACAGAUGGCACAAGGUCUAAACGUCCACAUCCAACAUACGUCCAUAUGUGAACAGAACAGCCUGGAUUGUACUCCCAUUGCAAGAACAUUUCAGCAUUUUAUACCUUGUCCUAUUUACAACUGUAUAAUAUUGUCAAUUUCAGAAGUUAUUUUAUCUUUUUGUACAUGCCUGAUCCUUUUAUAUAAUUAUGUUCAAGUAAAUUAUUCAUAUGUGUGUA